GCAGGAGCCCACUCUGGGCGAUUGAGCCAGAGGAGCCCAGCGGCCCCGGGAUAGCCGGAGCGGUCCCGGGACAGCCUGAGCCGCCCCCGGACAGUCGGAGCAGCCCAGCGGCCCCCGAACAACCGGAGCAGUCCUCAAACAACCGGAGCAGCAGCCCAGCAGCCCCAGGACAACCAGAGCAGCCUCCGAACACCCGGAGCAGUCCAGAGGCUCCCCGACAGCCGCAACAACCCCCAGACAACCGGAGCGGUCUCCGAACAACCGGAACGGUCCAGCUGCCCGGACAACCGGAGCAGCCCGGUGGCCCCAAGACGCCCCCAGCAGAGCCGAACAAUCAGAGCAGGCCCCGAACAACCCGAGCAGCUCAGCGGCUCCCGACACCCGCAACAACCCCCAGACAACCGGAGCGGUCUCCGAACAACCGGAACGGUCCAGCUGCCCCCGGACAACUGGAGCGGCCCCCGGACAACCGGAGCUGCCCAGAGGCUCCCGGGAACGUCCCGAGGGAGGUCUUGCCCCCUGGAGCUCGACUGCUCCCACACGAAAGCAGCCCAGGCUCCGCGCAGUUCCCACAGCCCUGGGGACUGGUCCGGCUCAGCCGCUCCCCGCCUCCGCCUCCUCCAUCACCGCCGGGUCCCCCCAAAAAAGGACAAGAGAAGGAAGGCUCGGCGGGCGUGAUGGCUCUCCGUCUCCGACUCCAACUGCAGGUCCUGCUGCUUCUGGCCGGCCCGGGAUCGGGAGCACCGCCCAAGGCAGGGGGCCGAAGGCGAGAAGCGGAGGUAUUCUUGGAGAAGUAUGGAUACCUCCCUGAGCACGGACCAAAAGCUUCCAGCUCCACACAGCUCACAGAUGCCAUAAGGGAGUUCCAGUGGGUGUCCCACCUGCCGGUCAGUGGGCAGCUAGACACCGCCACCAUGCGCCAAAUGGCCCUGCCGCGGUGUGGGGUGGAUGACUCGGAGAGCCAUUCGGCCUGGACCGAGAGGCUCAGCUCCCUGUUUGCUGGUCGCAGAGCCAAGACGAGGCUCAAGAAACGCUUUGUGCAGCAAACAGGAGGCAAAUGGUACAAACGCCAUCUUUCCUACCGCCUGGUGAACUGGCCCGAGUACCUACCUGAGCCAGCGGUUCGCCAGGCCGUGCGGGCAGCUUUCCAGGUAUGGAGCAACGUAUCCUCCUUGGAGUUCUGGGAAGCCCCGGCAUCGGGCCCCGCCGACAUCCGCCUCACCUUUUUUCAGGGCGAUCACAACGACGGGCUCAGCAACGCUUUUGAUGGGCCAGGAGGUGCCCUGGCCCACGCCUUCUUCCCCCGCCGUGGGGAAGCACACUUUGACAGGGAUGAGCGCUGGUCCUUCAAAAGCCGCAGGGGUCGGAACCUGUUCGUGGUGCUGGCCCAUGAGAUUGGCCACACACUGGGGCUGGGUCACUCCCCUGCUCCUCGGGCUCUCAUGGCGCCCUAUUACAAGAGAUUGGGGCGAGACUCUGUGCUGAACUGGGAUGAUGUCCUGGCCAUCCAAAACCUGUAUGGACAGCCCCUGGGGGGCUCAGUGGCUGAACAGCUCCCCGGAAAGCUAUUCACCAAUUUUGAGGACUGGGACCCCCACAGGUCCUGGGACAGGAAAUCUGGAGCUAGAGGACCCUACUAUUGUCACACUUUUUUUGACACUAUCACAGCAGACAAGGACCACCGAGUCUACAUCUUUAAAGGAAACCAUUUCUGGGAGGUGGGGGCUGAUGGCAAUGCUUCGGAACCCCAACUCCUGCAGGAGAAAUGGGCCAGUUUGCCCCCCGACAUCGAAGCAGCUGCUGUGUCCCCGGAUGAUGGAGACUUCCACUUCUUCAAAGAGGUGCUGAUGUUUGAGACAGAGGACUUGGUGCUUAGGAAGAAUGAAAAGCAUGUGGUCUUGUGCCUGCUGGAGCUGGGACGGCGAGCCUGGAGGUUUGGGGUAGCGGCUCCCACCCUGGUGCACCUGGAGGAGGAGAUUGAGGAGGAAUUGCGGCAGGAGCUGGCCCUGCCCCCACCUGACCCUCCUCCCCCAGCUCCUCCGGCCCGGCAACCCUGCCAUUUCAAAAACUUGGACCAGAUGGUACAGAAUCUGGUAAGUUACUGUACCUGCCCUGUGCAGUUCUCCAUGAUCAAGGUGUCUGAAGGGAAAUAUCAAGUGGGGGAUUCCAACACACUCAUCUUUGUCAGGAUCCUGCGAAACCACGUGAUGGUCCGCGUAGGGGGCGGCUGGGACACCCUGGGGCAUUACCUGGACAAACACGACCCCUGCCGCUGCACCUCGCUCUCUCACAAGAUGGGCAGCCCCCAGAAGCUGCAGACUCCCCCAGUACAGCACGAGGUGAGAAUACAAGCGGGUUCUGCACAGCCUCAGCCCACCCUGACCAUCAGCCGCUCCCAGAGUCCUCUGCCCCCAGUGGAGUGGAAGACAUACACGCCUCCAGGUCGCAGGCUUCGACCUCCCCCCUCCUGCUCCCCAAGACCUCAUGAUAGGUGGGGGACAGGCGUGAGGUCUUCGGGAGAUCCGGCUGUACCUCAGAGGAGCCGGGAAACAUCAGCCACCCCAACCCGUCGCUUGUCACCAGCUAGAGAUGUAGCCUCCAAAUCCCAGUCCUCAGUCAUACAAACUGGCCGAGAUUUGCAUCAGGUUCCCAUAAGACAAUGGAAAGACAGGUGCUUACCUGGGGCUCCCCAGGGAGGGACUGCUAGCCACUCAUGCAUCCCUGGAGAGAUGGAUAUCCAAAGAAGCUGGGUCACUGAUCCUACUUUUCAGAGGGUUUCAGCCCCUGAGGUGGCUCCUAAAGAACCACUGGUUCUUUCUGUCCUACCUGUUUCCUCUAAUCUAUCCAAACCCUUUACCCUCAAACAAUCCCUUCUGGGUCCUGGGAAACCUUCCCAGGAGCAAGCACAAGGAGUCAUUACCUCCCAACUUGAGGGUCCUGGAUUUGUGCAAUCCUUUUCCCCUAUGAAAGGGGCCACCAAGAUGUCCAUCUGCUCAGCUCCCAGUCACCCACUAACAGCAGGAAGGAGUCCUUCAGAAUCUGAAUGUGGUACCCUGGCUCCCACAACAGAAGCAGGGAAAGACCCCACAGCCGUAAGGGUCAGAGCUGGAGAAAGGAAGACCCCUCAGCCCCGAAAUGGCGGUCAGUCCCUGGAGGAGAAGUCAGGAGGCCAGGAUCAGAGAGUGGGCUCUGUGACGGGAGCUGGAAGAGGCCAUCCUCCCAGGCACCAGUCUGGAAGGCAGACAUUCCCCAUUCUGUCCACUGACAAGGUCAAGGAAGAAGCACUGUCCCAGAGCUUGGAAGAUGAGAUCUUGAUGAACAUCAGGGUGCUAGAGACCAGAGCGGCCCAUCUGGGGGUGAAUCCUUGCCCCACAGAGGCCCCAGCAGUGCAGAUUCCUCGAAGCGGUGUAUAUGUCCCCCAUCCCGGGACACGGUGGCCAGUGCCUGGCACUCCUUAUGAUAGUGUCAUUAGAGAAUUGGCUCUAGAGCCCCCAGCCCUCAUCAAGGUGGACCCGGGUGGCUGGGGGGUGCCCAUUGUGUGUGCUCCUGAGCUAGACACAGCCCAAAGCAAGUGCAACUCAGAGGGAAAGGGGAGCCUAGAGAAAAAUGGCGUGGGGAGGAAGGCAGACGCAGGGGUCAGAGGCACAAAAAUGAAGAGAGCACCAACUUUAGGACAGCAGGGAGGGCAAUCCCAGACUCCACUCCCAGAGGCCAAGGGCAAUGAAGUACCUCAACCUGUACCCACCUCUGACUUGGAAAAAUCCAAAGUGCCCCCAGGGAAAGGCAGGAGGAUGUUGAAAAAACCUGAGAGAAUACCAUCCAUUUACAAGCUAAAACUGAGACCUAAGAUCCGUCCUCGGAGAGACCACCGUCCAGAAAAGCGGCCCUCCCGGAUUCCCACUCCUCUAGCCUACCGCCAGAGCCGAGCCAAGGGGCCUCCUACCACGCCCAAGCUGAAGGGUGGGCUGGGCAGUGCAGGAGAUGGAGGCUCAGGGGAUGAGGAAGAGAUCAGCACCGGCCUGUCCACUGAAAGCCUGGGAUCACCACCUGCUGGUCCAUCCUGGCUUCCACAGGAGGAGGAGGAGUCUUGGGUCUGAAGUGGGGUCCAACCUUGGUCACACCCAAUGCUCAGUGGGUG